AUGCUCGGCCGCCUGAUUUUCUGCGCCGUUUUUGUAUUUUCCUACGUUCAGGCGGAUGGAUUCGCCGAUUUCUUCACCUUACAUGUAAACUAUUCAUUGGAAGUUAUUUUAAAUCCGACAUAGGUUAUUCAAAAAAAGUUUAUUUUUUUCAAAAAAACAAGGAUUUUUUUGAAUAUUCUAACGCUUUUUUUCGUAUUGAAAAUUGGAGAAAAAAAUAAUUAAAAUUUUUCGGAUUUUUUUGAUUAGAAAAAUAAUUUUUUUAUACAAGUCUAACAGUUGAAUUUUUCCCUUAAAAUAUAAAAAUUCGAGAUGAUUCUCAGGAUAGCAACGUUCUGUGCCACGGGAGCGACGACUUCAACGUUUUCUACUACAGGGAGCUCGUCACGAGUUUCCCGCCGAAAUGCAGGGCCGAGUUGCAGGUUUUUUGCGACUUCUUUAAAUUUUUGAUCAUAAAAAAAGGUUGAGAAUAUCACAAAAGCUUCAAUUUUUCAGAAAAAUGACAAAAAAAGGACCUUUUCUCCAUGUCAAAGCUUAUGAAAUCCGAUGAAUUUCGCUCUAAAAUUUAUUUUCAGUGUUUAUUUUCCUGUGCAUUUCUUUGAGCUGUUUUUUAACCGUUAAUAAUCUCAAAAGACUUUAAAAAAGGAUAAUCAGAUUUUCUUGAACUUUAAGAAAUGUUCAGACCAUUGAAAAAUACCGAAAAUUGGUCUCUAUAAAUAGUAAGCUUGAAAAAGUGAAAAUACUUUCAGAAUGUAUAUUUAUUAUCACUUAUCGCGUCAGGACCCAUUUCAUAGGACUGAACUGAUUAUUGAACUGAUUAUCAAACUGAUCGACUAAACUAUUAUUUGAAUUGAUGUAAUUACAAAAGGUCGCGAAUACAAAGGAGAAUGGAGGUAUUCAAAAAGUCGGUCAAUAAAUAGGAUACGCGGUGGGGAUCUUCAAUUCGGAUGGGUGAAGGGGGUGAAGGACGCUAGCAUCCGCAGUCAUCUACUGGCCAACAUGAGAGGAUCACACAAAACCCAAUUUUUAGCCCGCUUUGUCCCGUUUACGCCCAGCGGAUCUACACAAACUCCAAAUUCACAUGCCGAGUCCCCGCUUGGGCCCACCCGACUCGUUAAAAAACACCGUUUGAUCGGUAGAAGCCCCUUUAACACAACGGGUCCCAUUGGCCAGAAUUAGAAUCGGUUUCAAUUCCUAGAACAUACUCCUAAAGCUUCCUUCGCCCUCGCAGAUCCAGAUAUAAAUUAUUCCGUGCUUGUCACGUUCUCCCUCUGAGCUACAGAGCCCUACCGGAAAGAUUCCCUGCGAAGCGCGAGGCCUAUUUAUGUGCAUGCACCUUUAAUAAAACGAAAACUUCAAGUCAAAUAAAGCUGGAAUGGGCUAUAGCUCAUUCAUACAAGCGGCUUCGAAGGGUUCUGUAUAGCUUAUUCCGGGCAAGCUUGUCACUAUUUUUAUUUUCCUCCGAGCUACAGAGCUUUUCCGGAAAGCCCCUGCGAUGCGGCCGGCCUUUCUCUGAGCAUGCGCCCUGAAUUUCCGAUAUAUUAAAGGCGCAUGAGCAGAAACAGAACAUGUGCUUUGAAGGGAAACUUCCCGGAAGGGUUCUGUAGCCCGUAGGAAAAAAAAUCGUGAGAAGCUGGGACCGGCUAUAGCUCAUUUUUACAAGCGCCCUGGACAUGCGCCUUUAAUUCAGCCUUGACUUUUCGUUCUAUUAAAGGCGCAUGAACAGAAACAGUCCACUAGCUUCAAAGGGAAACUUCCCGGAAGGGUUCUGUAGCCUGGAGGAAACAAAAAAUCGUGACAAGCUGGGAUGGGCUCUAGCUAUACAAGCGCCCUGAACAUGCGCCUUUAAUUGAGCUUUGACUUUUCGUUCUAUUAAAGGCGCAUGAACAGAAACAGUCCACUAGCUUCAAAGGGAAACUUCCCGGAAGGGUUCUGUAGCCUGGAGGAAACAAAAAAUCGUGACAAGCUGGAAUGGGCUCUAGCUAUACAAGCGCCUUUAAUUGAGCUUUGACUUUUCGUUCUAUUAAAGGCGCAUGAACAGAAACAGUCCACGCACUACGAAGGGAAACUUCCCGGAAGGGUUCUGUAGCCUGGAGGAAACAAAAAUCGUGACAAGCUGGAAUGGGCUCUAGCUAUACAAGCGCCUUUAAUUGAGCUUUGACUUUUCGUUCUAUUAAAGGCGCAUGAACAGAAACAGUCCACGCACUACGAAGGGAAACUUCCCGGAAGGGUUCUGUAGCCUGGAGGAAACAAAAAAUCGUGACAAGCUGGAAUGGGCUCUAGCUAUACAAGCGCCCUGAACAUGCGCCUUUAAUUGAGCUUUGACUUUUCGUUCUAUUAAAGGCGCAUGAACAGAAACAGGCCACUAGCUUCAAAGGGAAACUUCCCGGAAGGGUUCUGUAGCCUGGAGGAAACAAAAAAUCGUGACAAGCUGGAAUGGGCUCUAGCUAUACAAGCGCCCUGGACAUGCGCCUUUAAUUGAGCCUUGACUUUUCGUUCUAUUAAAGGCGCAUAAGAAGAAACAGUCCACGCACUACGAAGGGAAGCUUAUCCCGGACAAGCUGGAAUGACCCAUAUAUUCAUUGAUCGAUAACAACCGAUUGAAUUAUAUUAUUCACAGGGACAUUGCGGCAUUAAAAGAUAUAAGUAAAAGAUGAUAUAAUCUAGAUCGCUAGAAACGUAUAUUCUCCUUCGAGUAUAUAGCAAAAUUGUUUUUUUUUUGCUAUAAAAGUCGUUUCACGUUUUUUUCAAACCACGUACAUUUUUGAAACUUUUGCAGUCUUUCUGAAAAACGAGCAAGCUUUCCAUUUUUUUGCUGAAAUUGUUAUAAUCUUCUCGAAAAGUUUAUACCUAACUUCAAAAAAUUGGAUUUUAUGGUUUGAGGAACAAGGUCGGAAUGAUGGAUAAUGGCCGUUAAAAAGAAGAGGCUCAAAAAAGGUCGCAGAAAGGUUGCAAAAAGGGUCCUUUUAUCAAGCCUACCAUUUUUUCUGGGACUUUAAAUGCUCAAGAAAUGAUGGAAAAAGGGAGAGGCUGCAAAAAUGGUGCAUAAGGGGCGAGAAAACGGUGCAAAAAGGCGGCAAAAAAGGAACAUUUUUCGAGCCUUUUCCGACUUUGCCUAUGAUGUAACUUCUGAAAGAUAAUUUCCUAGUUUCAAAAUGAUAAAUAAUCAAAAAAGCGCUCACAAUUCACAUGUUUCUUUUCAGCCGUGGCUCAUCUUCUCACUGAUCCUCAGUAUGAUUUGCUGCCUCAUCUGCUGUCUCAUCUCCUGUCUUCAAUGCAUUUGUCCGCGGCGGCGUUGA